UUUAAUUAAAAAAUUGUAAAAAAAAUGACAAAAAGUCAAUUGUUUUAAACAGUUAAUGUUGUUUAAGCAACAUCAACAAAAUUUAAGUUCGUUUUGAUUUUAGUGUCAAGACGUGAUAUUAUCAGUUCUCAAAUCGAAUUCAGUCUCUGAUAAUAUGGAUGGUCAAGGAAUGCAAGGGCACCCGAACGGCAAGGUAACAAACAUACCGGACAGCAUGUUGAAAGAUCAGUAUGGAAUGGCUGGUUUGCUAUCGUUGAUGAACCAGGCCAAAGCCAACCCGGACACCACGUCUCUGGCUUUUGGUGAAGAUCUCACGGAACUUUAUCUUAAUUCCCCUUACAACAUUUAUUCGCCAAUCGCCAGUCUUUGGGAUGAGCAUCCCUUCCGCCCUCCAGAAAUUGAGGUUCUACGUCCACCUCAGUACUUGAUUGAUCAUAUUGCUAGAGACAAAGCCCCUCUGACCUAUUUGGGUGAAUGUCAAGAUAGCGUACUCUUCUAUUUGUUUUAUGGAAAUAAUUAUGAUUAUGUAGUUGAAGCGGCUUCUGAAUUGUAUAAUAGAGACUGGAGAUUUCACGUGGGUGAUCAGCUUUGGAUAACUCGCAUACCAGGCAUGCUACCAUUUGAAAAAACUUUCCUAUAUGAGAGAGGUACUUAUUACUUCUUUGAUUCGGAAAGAUGGAAGCUAGUUCCAGGUGAAUUUUAUAUUGACUAUAAAGUUGUUGAUGAAUGGUCCAGAUAUGAAUAAGUUUUCAUAUGUAUCGAAAUAAUGUAGUUAUAAUUUUGUUCUUAGAUUAAUAAAUUAAUACUGCUU